GAUGACGUCACACAACUCGUUCUCCAUCUACCGGUCCGUGGACGAGGAUGAGGCCGCGCUGCACAUUGAGGACGCUCCUGAGGCCAGGAAGACGCCAACUUCGAGAAGCUCCAGGAUCUGGGACCUCCCGACGUGGCAGAAAAUCGCCAUCGCCGCCAUUGUCGCAGCGUGCGUCGCCUUCAUCCUCGGAUACCUGGCCACACGCAGACCAUGUGCGGCAUGUGUGACUAACGGCCCCGACAAUGAAAUGGUGUCCGAAGACUACCUGCAGCAGGAACCAAAGACGAUGGAUUGGGCAGACCUGAAGGAUUUAUUCAAUCAGUUCCUAAAGAAUGGACAACAGAUCGAAAGUACAAUAAGGAAGUUCUCCAGAAUUCCUCACCCAUCCGGAUCCCUUGAGAAUCAGAAUUUGGCGGACGAUAUCCUCCAGCAGUUCAGGAAUUUCCCUGUUGACCACACCUGGGUGGAGAGUCAUUACGCCACAUUGCAGUUUCCUAACCGGGCUCGCCCCAAUACAGUGAAGAUCAUUGGUGCUGACAAUGAAACUCUUGAAGUCUUUCCAUUUCAAGAACAGGACCCGUACUGCCCGUACAGCGCCGUGGCCACUGCUAAGGCAGGACUUGUGUAUGUGAACUAUGGGAGGAAGGAGGACUUCGUGGCGCUGAGGUCCUGGAAAGUGAAAGUCACAGACAACCUGGUGAUUGUGAGGACGGGGAUUAUCACCUUUGCAGAGAAGGUGUACAACGCUGAACGGGCCGGAGCCCUGGGAGUCCUGAUAUUCCCGGACAUGGAUAGAAGCGCAGUGUAUGGACAUGUUCACCUCGGUACCGGAGACCCAAACACACCCGGAUUCCCAUCAUUUAACCACACCCAGUUCCCGCCCUUCAAAUCCUCAGGACUGCCCAAAAUACCAGCUCAGGCAAUAGAUAAAAGGACAGCUCUAUCUUUACUCAGUGCACUCGACGGCAUAGAAGGACCUUCAGACUGGAGGAGUCCAAAUUCUCCUUCUCAUGCACUGGGCCCCGAUCUCAAGACUCGAGGUAACUUGGUCCAGUUAGAGGUCAACAAUGUGGAGCGCAGCGUGGAGCUGGUCAAUGUGUUUGGAAGUAUAACUGGACGCUUUGAGCCUGAGCAUUACAUCGUGGUGGGCGCCCAACGUGACUCCUGGGGGCCGGGGGCGGCCAAGUCUGGAGUGGGCACGGCCAUCUUGCUGGAGUUGAUGCGUUCCAUGACCCUGAUGGUGGAAGGCGGGUUCCAGCCGCGGCGCAGUAUCCUCUUCGUGAGCUGGGACGGAGGAGAUUUCGGGAGUAUCGGGGCCACGGAAUGGCUGGAGGGGUACCUCAGCAUGCUGCACCUCAAAGCCGCCACGUACAUGAGCCUGGACACCCCGCUUCUAGGUGAUGAGAAGUUUGUGGCGAGGUCCAGUCCUCUCUUCAGAACCUUAAUAGAGAAUAUCAUCAAACAGGUGGACAACCCUCGUCAGAGCAUGCAAAGCAUCUACGAGAAUGCCAAACAGAACGGGGACUGGAAUUCAGAGGUAUUUGCCCCACUCGCUGUGGACACGGGCGGCUUCGCAUUCACAGCCUUUGCUGGUGUUCCUGCUCUGGAGUUUUCUUUUGUGAAGCGCUCGAACCCAUACAAGUACCUGGACACGAAGUAUGACACGUACGACAAUCUGAAUAGCCUCGUGGACAACCGGUUGCCGGCGGUGGCUCUGACGCUGGCCCAGGUGGCCGGACUGUCGCUGAUGAAGCUGUCACAUGACCGGAUACUUCCUCUGGACUACACGGCCUACAACACGCUGCUGCUGGAACAUCUGAUCGGUCUGAAGACUUACCAGAGCAAACUAGAGCCGCAGGGUCUCACCUUUUCCUGGCUGUAUUCGGCACGCGGGGACUAUGUGCGAGCAACGGACAGGCUGAAGAAGGCAAUCAAACAUUCGGACCUCCAGAAUGAGAAGAUGAUCCAGUUCUUCAACGUGCGGAUCAUGAGGGUGGAGUUCUACUUCCUGUCUCAGUACGUGUCCGCCAUCAAUUACCCUUACCGCCAUAUCCUUAUCGGGCGAGGUGAGCACACCCUGGAUGCCCUGAUGGAACAGCUCGGCCGGGACCAAAUUGACACCAGUGAGCUGCACAAGCAGAUCGCCCUCUUCACCUGGACGCUGGUUUUGUGUACAUUUGAUACAAACAGGAAGUAG